AUGAAGCAGUAUUUUGAGCUCUUGCCGCCUAGGCUGAAGGAAUUCUUCAAAAAAUACCCUCCGAGCGUACAGUACAGCGCCAAACCUGAGCUAACAAGCAGUCCAACUGCAAACCCGUUCCUCCCAAAUAAAAAUCCCGUCACCGGGAAGUAUCAAGAGCCCAAGUAUUCGCUACGGCGUAUGAGCGACCUCUACAAGCUUGCAUACAACUACGGCCUGCAGGACAUGCUUCCCCCCCGCAAGAAGUUGUUCUUCGAGGAAAAAUACGAGCAGAAGAAGUUGACGAAGGCCAUUGUCUUCCCCAAGGGGGAGAAGCAUGAGCGCACGCGCUCCCAGCGCAUGGCUGAGAUGGAGGAAGCCAUCAAAAACGCGGACAAGUUCAUCUUGGAAGCGCGUGGCGCCAAAUACGCUAGACGUCUCGAGCGCAAGAAGGAGAAAGAACGGACGUGGUUUUAG